UCUUUGUUUUUUCUUUUAUUUUGGGAUGAAUAUGUUUCCUCUCUUAAACCUCAAAUAAACCCUUGCGGCCACUCAUUGCAAUUCAUCUUUUUCGCGAACUCCGAAACUGUCCAAAAUCAACUGCUCUGUUACUAAACCCUAAUUCCUCAUUUUCUGAACAUCGUCACAGUCACAGUAGAGUUGCAAAGAUGGUGAUUAAAAAACCGGGUCAUCGAAGUUCACUCGAUGACGCCAACUUCGAUGCUCUGCGAGACCUUUUGAAGCCACACAUAGAGUCAUUCGAUCAUAUGAUUGAUGCUGGAUUGAAAACCAUGUUCAUAGGCAUUAAACCUCUUGAAGUUCCUCAUCCUACUCAACCCACUACGCUUAAAAUUUCGAUGGAUAAUCCGAAGAUAUUUGAGCCUCAGAAGGAGAGAGGAUUUUCAAAGUCGCGGAAUAUUUUGUAUCCAUUUGAAUGUAGGCAGGCAAAAAUUUCAUACACAGGGACGUUCACUGCAGAACUUUGCUUUCAAUAUGACAAUGGGCCUAUUGUUAGAGAAAAAUUUAAUUUUGGCCAGUUUCCCAUAAUGCUACAGUCUAAGUUAUGCAACUUGAGAGGUGCUUCUCCCAAGAAACUUGUGUCCUACAAGGAAGAGGCGUCGGAAGUGGGAGGUUACUUCAUCUUGAAUGGCCUUGAGAGAGUUAUGCGACUUUUAAUUAUGCCGAAACGGAAUUAUCCUAUGAGUACGGUGCGCAGUUCAUUUAGUGAAAGGCGGGAAGGAUAUACUGAUAAAGCAGUUGUUAUUAGGUGUGUAAGAGCUGAUCAAACCUCAGUAUCAAUAAAAUUAUAUUACCUUCGUAAUGGGAGUGCAAGACUUGGUUUCUGGAUACUAGGAAGAGAAUACAUGCUUCCUGUGGGCAUUGUUUUGAAGGCCCUUAUUGACACCACUGAUCGAGAAAUUUAUGUAAAUUUGACGAGCUGUUAUAAUGAAAAGUAUGAAAAGGGAAAGGGUGCUGUAGGAACCCAGCUUGUUGGUGAAAGGGCAAAAAUCAUCUUAGAUGAAGUUCGUGAUUUGUCUCUUUUCACUCGUCUUCAAUGUCUACAAUAUAUUGGAGAGCAUUUCCAACCUAUUUUGCAAGGACUAAAAAAUGAAAGCCAUCAUAUUGUGGCUGAUGCUGUUCUGAGGGACUACAUACUUGUUCAUCUGGACAACAAUUUUGACAAGUUCAAUCUGCUCAUCUUCAUGUUGCAGAAACUUUUUUCACUUAUAGAUCAGACAUCAGUACCGGAUAACCCUGAUAGCUUGCAAAAUCAGGAGGUUUUACUCCCUGGCCAUCUGAUUACACUUUACCUUAAGGAAAAACUAGAAGAGUGGCUGCAGAAGGGAAAAAGGCUGCUUCUGGACGAGAUAGAGAAAAAAGGAGCAACGUUUGAGUUUGGCAGAAUUGCUGACGUUAAGAAAGUUUUGGAAAAAAAUCAUACAAAAGGAAUCAGUACAGCAAUUGAAAAUAUGUUGAAAACUGGAAGAUUAGUUACAACUACAGGUCUGGAUCUGCAUCAGAGGGCAGGAUAUACAGUUCAGGCUGAAAGGAUAAACUUUUUACGAUUUAUCUCACAUUUUCGGGCUGUUCAUCGAGGAUCCUCAUUUGCCGGACUUCGUACUACAACUGUGCGGAAGCUAUUGCCCGAAUCUUGGGGUUUUCUUUGCCCUGUACACACACCUGAUGGGGAGCCCUGUGGAUUGUUGAAUCAUAUGACCCGCACUUGUAGGGUUACGUCAUUCUAUGAUUCUGAAGGAAAUAUUAAAGAUUAUUUUAAAAUUAAACUUUCUAUCCUCAACAUUUUAGUUGAGAUUGGAAUGACACAAUCAUUGCCAAAGAUAUUUCUACCUGGCCCACCCGAAGUUCUUACUGUUCUUCUAGAUGGUUGUAUUGUCGGUUUUAUCCCUUCCACCGAGGUUGAGAAAGUUGUCGCUCACAUUCGAGAACUCAAAGUUUCAUCUGCUGCAGUGAUUCCAAAUGAUAUGGAAGUCGGAUAUGUUCCAUUGAGCAUGGGUGGAGCAUAUCCUGGCCUAUACCUUUUCACAUCCCCUUCAAGAUUCGUUCGCCCAGUGAGAAAUUUAUCUAUUCCUUCCACCAAUGAAAAUGUUGAACUCAUUGGUCCAUUUGAACAGGUUUUUAUGGAGAUACGAUGUCCCGAUGGUGGAGACGGUGGAAGAAAAAGUCCAUUUCCUGCAACUCAUGAGGAAAUCCAUCCUACAGGAAUGCUAAGUGUAGUUGGUAAUCUUACACCAUGGUCAGAUCAUAAUCAGAGUCCACGUAAUAUGUACCAGUGUCAGAUGGCAAAGCAAACAAUGGGAUUUUCUUCACAAACGAUUCAACAUCGUGCAGAUCAAAAGUUAUAUCAUCUUCAGACUCCUCAGACUCCCAUUGUUCGCACAAGGGCAUAUUCUGAAUACAGUAUUGAUGAAUAUCCAUCAGGCACAAAUGCUAUAGUUGCAGUUCUGGCAUAUACAGGAUAUGAUAUGGAGGAUGCCAUGAUUCUAAACAAGUCAUCUGUGGAACGAGGAAUGUUUCAUGGACAAAUAUAUCAGACAGAAACUAUCGACUUGACAGAGAAAGGCGGCAAGUCAGACCAAUCUGCAAGAGUAUUUAGAAAAAGUAAACUAGAUAAACCUUGUCCCUCGAUUGAUUCAGAUGGGCUUCCACAUGUUGGUCAGAUGAUAUGGCCAGAUGAACCCUAUUGUAGCACUUACAAUGAGGUAACAAAUAAAACAUACCUCUUCAAAAAAAAGGGUUCUGAACCUGUUUAUGUUGACUAUGUUGCUGUUGACACCAAAACUAAGAAGAAUUUAAAUAAGGUUAACAUACGCUUUCGACAUCCUCGGAACCCUGUCAUUGGUGAUAAAUUUAGCAGUAGACAUGGACAGAAAGGUGUUUGCUCUCAGUUGUGGCCAGACAUUGACAUGCCAUUUUCUGGAACUACUGGAAUGCGUCCGGAUCUCAUUAUAAAUCCUCAUGCAUUUCCCUCUAGGAUGACGAUUGCUAUGCUUUUGGAAUCUGUUGCUGCUAAGGGAGGCAGCUUACAUGGAAAAUUUAAAGAUGCAACUCCAUUUCGUAGUUCAGUGAAGAAAGAUGAUGAGGAGUCUGGAUCCAAGUCAGCUUCCCUUGUUGAUGAGCUUGGUGUUAUGCUAAAAGAGAAAGGAUUUAAUUACCAUGGAUGUGAGGUUUUGUACAGCGGGGUCUAUGGAACAGAACUGACGUGUGAGAUAUUUAUUGGACCUGUUUAUUAUCAGCGGCUACGUCACAUGGUUUCAGACAAAUACCAAGUUCGAUCUACAGGCACUAUUGACCAGGUCACCCGGCAGCCAAUAAAAGGACGAAAGCGUGGUGGUGGGAUACGAUUUGGAGAAAUGGAACGCGACUCUCUACUUGCACACGGGGCUGCAUAUCUUCUGCAUGAUAGGCUCCACACCUGCUCUGAUUAUCACAUUGCUGAUGUGUGCUCCAUUUGUGGAAGCAUGCUUACGACAACAUUCCAACAGCCUCGAAAGCGGCCAGUGCGAGAGAUUGGGGGACUACCCCCUGCAAGAGCUCCAAGAAAAGUCACUUGCCAUGCUUGCCAAAGCAGUAAAGGCAUGGAGAAAGUCGCUAUGCCUUAUAUAUUUAGAUAUUUGGCAGCAGAGUUGGCUGCAAUGAACAUAAAGAUGACUCUCAAGCUAACUGAUGGAGUUGACAUUUGAGAUUGAUGAAAUAUGUUUCCCGAGUAUGCAGAGACUUCUGUUUGUGAUAUUUCAUGAGCCUUUGUUGACUUACUAGGCCUUGGUGCAAGUAAAUGAUGAAACAAUUGAAACAGGGUAUAGUCAAUGGUAAGUAACAAUUCUCCUGUCAAACCUUGAAUAACAAUGCAGCAAUAGAAAAAUUGGAGAAUUAAAGGUUUGGACAACAUUUCUUGUAAUAUUUAGUGCACCACAUUUUCCCCCUAAAUAUAAGACGCUUUGCAAUA